AUGUCUGGUCACCCCGGCCCUACCUCAGGCGGCAUGACGUACGGCAUGGCUCCACCAAUGCAUCCGCAUUACCCCACUCAGAACGGCGCCGAUUCGGCUUCGUCUCUCCCACCUCAGACCUACCACCAACAGCAGCAGCAGAUGAGCCAGUACAGCGCUUCCCAGAUAAACUCCAAUUUCGCUUACUCUAGCCAGAACUUCUACGCCCAUCCUGCUCAGCAUCACCCUAGCGAGGUCGCUUCCCAACAGGGCGGCUACUACUCGCACCACGCCUCAUCACCACAGAUGGACCCAAACGGUCAGCUCUACGCUGCCCACCAGAUGAGCCAUCCCAACAUGAUGAACGUUGGUCACUUCCACGGUCACCGCCCCGAUCUCCUCGCACAUCAGACCUACGCCGCGCUCCAAGGUGCUGGUAUCCGACCCAAGCGCAGGCAGGUCAAGAACGCCUGUAUCAACUGCCAGAAGGCAUGCAAGAAGUGCGAUGAGGGUCGUCCAUGCGGUCGUUGUGUCAAGUACGGUCUCGUCGACACUUGUCAAGAUAGCGCACGUAAGGAAAGGCGACGCGGUAUCAAGCGUGGCCCUUACAAGCGCAGGGCCACCAUCGGCUCGCAGCCUAACAAUCCUGCCCUCUCUGUCUCUGGUCCCAUGUCCAACUACGGGCGUGAUGGUCACAUCUCGCCUUCUAGCCGCAGUGAUGGCAUGCUUGGCAGCACUCCUGGUGGCGAAUCGAGCUUCUCCAGCCCAGCAUUCGGUACUCAGGUUCUUGUACCACGCCCACCCAUGCCUCUCCAGAUGCCUAGCAACGGAUGGCAGCCCAGCGGCUCUAGCCCCAACGUCGAUGACCGUGAGGGUUUGAGGGCAAGAUACAGCCAGCCCGGUGGACCCAACCAGACCUCCUACUACGCUUACGAGCAGGACGCCGCACACCACGCUUACGACCGCAGCUCGUCGGCGCCGCUCAUUCAGCCCGGAGGAUCCAUAUUGAGUCCCGUCGGUCGUUUCCCCAACUCUGCCACUCCACAGUCGUCCACAUCGCAGCUUCCUAGCUUGACAUCGCAGUCCAACGGCAGCUACCUUGGCGGUGUCUACGGCAGCAAUGUUGGCAACCGUCAAGGUGGUGGCAUGAGCAACGGCUCUACUUCCUCGUUGAUCAGCCCACCUUUGCACUCGUCUGUCUCCAACGCAAGCUUCCUCUCUGCUUCGUCAGCACCCAAUGGCCUCGCACACCAUCGUCUCCACUCGGACAGCAGCCUUGUCACUCUCAGCUCCAACGGUGCUUCCUCUUCGACCAUGUCCCCGCGCACACCGCUCAACGGAUCUGGUUCCGACCCUCCUCUCCUUUCGCCCAACGGCAACAAGAUUUCUGGCUUCGUCCCUCCCCAACCUACUGUCCCUACCGCCGCAGGUACCUUCUUGCAGCAAGACACCACCCGGUUGUUCCCGCUCAAGAUGCCCAAAGCCCCCACCCGCGGCCGUUCUGGCACCGGUGGCUCGUAUCUAGACCAACAACCUCCUGCCAGCUACUACGGCAACAACUUGGCCCCUACCAACGUCAAGUUCCCCGUCCAGCAGCAGGGUCACCAGACCCAACAGCAGCAGUCGCAACAACAGCAUCCGCAGCAAUUCCAACGCUCCCCCUAUAUCGCUUUGCACGGUCUCGAUGACCGAAGGCAGUUCUUGAACAACACAACACCAAGGAUGGACCAACACAUGUCGCCUAACCCCGGCAACAGCGCUGCCAGCAGUGCCAUGAUGUCGUUGAAGGCUGAACGCGAUGUUGCUGGUCCCCCACCGGCGGCUCCUGCUGGCUCUCUCGGUCUGGCUUAA